AUGAAACGUGGUCCUCUAAAGACGCGAGCAGUAAUAAAUCCAGAUAUCAAAUCUCUUUCACUUGCUGUCCCCAACCCAACCAUCAUCAGAUCAUAAAUGCUUUUUCUCCCUACCCAUUCUACUUUGCUAUUGCUUUCUUCUUUUCAAAAUCCUCCUCACUCUUUAUCCGCUAAAUCUAAAUCCAAAUAAAAGAAAAAAGUGCCCGAAUCCAAACAAAACAAAUAACUAUACAUCUAAACUAUUUGUUCGUACCAAAUUAUUAUCCCCUUCAGAUUCAGAUUCAGAUUCAGACACUUGCAUCCAAAUUCCAAAAACAUAUCCUAAAUUAUCAAACACUGUUCAUGCCUACGCUCCUUCAAAUUCAAAUUUUGUUCUUCUUGCCUUUAAAACUAAAAAACCUAAAUCAGAUGAGUUCUUAACAUCAAAACCUUUGUUAAUUAAUCACUAGGCUUUCUCCGAUUGGGAAAAUUCUUUGAAAAGAAAAAAAGAAUAUGGCAUCUCCGCAAUCUGACUCCGUGGACAUGUCACCCCUCCUAACCCACUCAAUUGCCGACCACCUCCUCCGUAGCCGCCGUAUUUUACGGCGUCAGCCACCGCCUUUCCGUGGAGCUGCAGCUCGGCUUCUCCGGCGAGCAAGCAGCCGUCGCAUGAUGUUACGUGAACCCUCAGUUCGCGUUCGUGAAAAUGCCGCUGAGCAAUUAGAAGAGCGUCAAACCGACUGGGCCUAUUCAAAGCCCAUAAUAUUUCUUGAUGUGUUGUGGAAUUUAGCGUUUGUAGGAAUUGGAGUCGUGGUGUUGGGAUUGAGCGUUAAAGAAGAGCCUCAACUGCCAUUAAGAGUGUGGAUAAUUGGGUAUAGUUUGCAGUGUUUGUUCCAUAUUGGGUGUGUUAUUUUUGAGUAUAAAAGGCGGCUUUUUGGAACUAGUGCCAGAUUAGAAGCUAGUGAUUCUACUUCUGUAUCAGAGAGUGAUGGUGGUGAUUCUGUUGAUGAUGGAGUUGAACAGCGUGGCAAUGAUGGUGAUACUUGUGUUGUAAAGCAACUGGAGUCAGCAAAUACAAUGUUUUCAUUUAUCUGGUGGAUAGUUGGAUUUUACUGGGUCACCGCGGGUGGUCAAAAUCUUACAAAUGAUUCACCACAGCUAUACUGGCUUUGUAUUACAUUUCUUGCUUUCGAUGUGAUCUUUGUGAUCAUCUGUAUUGCUGUUGCUUGCCUAAUCGGUCUUGCUAUUUGCUGCUGCCUUCCUUGUAUAAUUGGAAUCUUAUAUGCCAUGACAGAUCGGGAAGGAGCAACUCAGGAAGAGAUUGAACAGUUGCCAAUGUACAAGUUCCGCAGGAUAGGGGAUUUUGAGAAAGUUAAUGCUGAUUUCCAAGCAACUUUUGGAGGGAUGAUGACCGAAUGCGAAAUUGAUACUCCCACAGAACGGAGGCUCUCCCAUGAGGAUGCUGAAUGCUGCAUUUGUCUCUCUGCCUAUGAAGAUGGAACUGAGCUUCGUCAACUUCCUUGUCAGCACCAUUUCCACAGCACAUGCAUAGAUAAGUGGCUUUACAUCAAUGCAACCUGUCCUCUGUGCAAGCUCAACAUUCUAAAGGCAAGCAACCAUAUUGCUGGUGGAGAAGUAUAGAAACUAGAUUUUCCACAGGAGUAUUGGAUAGAGCUUCUCCAGUUGUGUUGCAAUAUGCACAUCUGACCUUGUUGGCAGUGAAAACGUUUUUAUGCUGGAGAAAGCAUAUCAUCUCAGUGCAACUGUCAGUGGUUUUCGUGGUCUUUGUGCCUUUAUGUAUAUGAUCUCUUAGACCAACUAUUAGAUCGCAUUCUCACAACCUGAGAUGCGUAAACGGAUUCUAGAUUGUAUAAAUUUGGCUAUUUUAGCAUUUCUUUCA